AUGGCUAUCUUCAGAAGCAAGUCAACUUCCCAACAGCAGGCUCAGCUGGACUUUCAAAAUCAAAAGAUCACUGACAAAGAUAUAUCGCAGUAUAAAAUCCAUACGGCAAAUCUCCAUGAUCCAAUUUUAUCUGCGGUCAAUGAGGCACAACCUUUCGAGCAAGCAGCAGAUCGUACUAACGAUAGAAGGCCCUCGUACUUAUCGCAAGAAAGUGGAGAGUUGAAGGACAUUUUCGGUAACCCGAUUCAAAGUGGUGACAUGUCAAAUCCAACCAGAUCGAGAAAUGAGAGACCAUUGGAUACUAUUAGAGGCUUUGAGUAUGCGAUCACUGGUGAUAUGUACUAUAGAGAUCAAUUAGAAACCAACAGAUUGGGCUGGGGUUUCCAUGAAGAUUUCCCAUACUACAACCUUCAAGCAGGUGGUAAUAAUGGAAACAAUAUUAACUCUCAAGAGGGUAAUCUGCAUGGCAUGCAGCCUCCUGUGCAUCAGUUUAGUGCUGGUGGAGAGCAAGGUAUUUACCAAGCAGGGAACUACAGUGCGACUUCAUUAAAAAAUGAUACAAAUACAAAGAAGAAGAAGAAGGGUGGAUUAUUCGGUAGAAAGAAGUAA